AUGGGGAGCAAUGAUAGAUUUCCUGUCACCCUGGAAAAUCCCUCCCUACUCGAGUCCCGGGGAUUGAUUGCAGGAACCUGGCGAACUGCCAAAGACGGGAAGAACUUCCCCGUCUAUGAACCCUCCACUGGCACAGUUCUAUACUCCUGCUCCGAUUUCUCUCGUGAAGACUUUACCGAGGCUAUCAAAAGUGCCACGAACGGCUACCGAGUGUAUUAUGAAACGACUACCGCAGCAGAAAGGGCGGAUAUCCUUCGAGCGUGGUAUCAUUUACUACAGGAGAACCUCAAUGAUCUUGCCCUGAUUCUCUCCCUUGAAAAUGGCAAGACCUUGGAAGAAGCAAAAGGCGAAAUAUCCUAUGCCUCCUCCUUCAUCCUCUGGUUCGCCGAGGAGGCCGUCCGCUCAUACGGAGACGUCAUCCCUUCCGCCAAACAUGAUCGAACAGUUUUCACGCUAAAGGAACCCGUUGGUGUAUGUGGGAUCAUCACUCCGUGGAAUUUCCCGGCCGCCAUGAUCACGCGCAAGGUUGCACCUGCCCUGGCAGCAGGAUGCGCAGUGGUAAUCAAGCCUCCCAGUGAAACCCCGUUUACUUCUCUUGCUCUGGCAAGAUUGGCCGUUCAAGCGGGUGUACCCCCAUCUUGUAUCCAGGUUGUUCCGACGAAAGAUCGAAGUGCAUCUUUGGAACUUGCUACUCAUCCGGAUGUGCGGAAAAUCAGCUUUACUGGGUCGACGAAUGUUGGGAAGAUGUUGACUGAGCUGGCGGCUGGGACUUUGAAGAAGGUUAGCAUGGAGCUUGGGGGGAAUGCACCGUUCAUUGUUUUCGAGGAUGCCGAUUUGGACAAGGCUGUUGAUGGAGCUCUGGUGUGCAAGUUCCGCUCCUCUGGUCAGACUUGUGUGUGCGCCAAUCGGAUAUUUGUCCAUGAACGCGUGUUAGAGGAUUUUACCAGCAGACUGGUGAAAAAAGUGCAAGCACUGAAGCUCGGACGCGGUAUUGACGUUGGAACGACCCAAGGACCUCUGGUCAAUAAGGCUGCCGUCGAAAAGGUUCAGUCUCAUGUCCAGGAUGCUAUAGUGAAGGGGGCGAUCCUCCGAGCAGGAGGCCGACAGCCGAGGAAUUUGCAAGACGGAUACUUCUAUGAGCCCACCAUCCUCACCAAUGUGACCACGAAUAUGGCAGUCAGCUCUGAAGAGACCUUUGGACCUCUGGCGGCGAUUUUCUCGUUCAGUAGCGAGAAAGAAGUCGUUCAGAAAGCGAAUGCCACAGAGUUCGGGUUGGCGGGAUACUUCUUCAGCAAGAGCCUGGAACGUGUGUUCCGGGUGGCCGGUCAACUUGAGUGUGGAAUGAUUGGUGUCAAUACAGGCUAUAUCAGUGCUGUUGAGACGCCCUUCGGAGGAAUCAAAGAAAGUGGCUUGGGGACUGAGGGAAGCACGCAGGAACGCCUUCAAGGGCCUGCUGAAUAUUCGCCAUGGGCGAGUCUUCAUCCGUACACCGAUAACGACUUAUUCUCAUCGCUGGCGCCGCCGUUGGAAGGCCUUUCCUCGGCUGUGCCAGUCUGUCAAUCCUUUGAUACCCUCACGCACGAGCCGGCACUCUGGGCAGAACCCGACGUGUCCUUUGCCGACACCGACUGGAAUUUCGUAUCUCUCGAUCAUUCGACCCCGUACCCUCCUGGCUACGACGGUGGCGAUGCCCCGUUCAUGGACCUUGGGUAUGGGCCCGUCUCUUCUUUGAACUCUCUUUCGGAUUCAGGAUCAAUCGAAUACCAACAAUAUGUAUCUGCGUCUCUUACUGCUAGCUCCGCCAAUUCGCUAGAUGGCCACUCGCAUCCUUCCCCUAUCUCUCCAUUCCCUGCUCCCGUCGCCACUUCUAUAUCCAGCCCUUCUAACUCUCAAGGUGAUGACACGCUAACCCGCGUUGAUUCAUCACGGGUGGAAAAGCGCAAACUCAACACACUCGCCGCGCGGAGAUGCCGGCAAAGACGUGUGGAUCGGAUGAAGGAACUUGAAGCCGAGUUGGAGAAGGUUCGGAAGGAAAGAGAUGAGUGGAGACUUCGGUGUUCCAAGCUGGAAGGCGAAACGGAUGCUUUGAAGGGUCUUCUCACUCGCAAGAGCAAGGAUACAUAG